GUUAAAAAAAUCAAAAUUUUCAUCUUAUUCAAAGCUCAGUAACAAAGGUUAUGUCUGAAUUCGUAUUUUGCCGACUUGUAUUAAUUUAUUAUACUUGAGCAGAAAGAAAAAAUAUGAUUAGACAAAUGCAAAUCGUCCGUCCUCAUAAUUUCGAAGAAUAUUUUUUGAGUCUAUUAAAGCAAAUUUACAAGAAUAGAAAUUUAUCUGUUGAAGUAGGUAAAACAUAUACAUUCUAAUAAAAUUAUCGAUUAGGUUAUUUAAUUUAUAUAGGUACCUAUUAAAAUUUCAAAUUAUAUAAUCAUAUUAGUUUUAUAGGUAGGUAUUAUUACCCAUUACAAUGUUUUUAUUAUAAUAUAAUAUAUUAAUAUGAUCAUUUUAUUAUCAAAUUAAUACACAUAAAGGAAUUGAGUUUGUGUGAUUUAAAUCAAACAUUUUUUUUUUUUUACAUAUACUUGUUAUAGGAAGUGUCACAAUGGCUGAGUUCUGCACCUUUAAAAACUUAUUACCGAGUAAACACUUUAAAGACUACACCGCUGGAAAUUAUAACAUCGAUAAAUGAACAGCUAUCAAAAGUAAUAUCAAUGUAUUCAAAUUUAUUUCAUUUUUUGGUCAAGAUUCGAUAACCCUCUGUUGAGCGCACAACUGUUUAAAAGCCUGGUAGUUUGGUAAUUUCAAUUUUUAAAUUUAAAAAAAUAUAUAUUCUUUGUUUUGUUAUUCAUAAUUACAAUAUGAAUACCUUUUUAUUAACAUAAAUAUUUUAGGAUUUAUUACUGAGAAAUUAUUUUACAUUGUUAAGUGCAUAUCAGACGCCUUGCGACUACUUUUGUACAAUUAUUUUAAAUUUAAUGCGUCAGAAAUAAAAAUAUACUUUUAGCUUAUAGAUAUUGGAAAUAUCAAGUUAUUAUUAUAGUAUUAUAGCAUUAUUGUUUAUAGUCAUGGUAGUUUUUCUAUUUCCUUUUGAAAUGUAUAAACUAGUGUAUUGUAUUAUUAUAUUUCUAUAAUUUAAUACCAUAUAAUUUAUUCGUUUGUUAUUUACUUUAUUUUAUCAUUGGCAAUGCUAUAUAGACUAUAAUACAAUAUAGUGUUAUGCUUUUUUAUUGUAUUUGAUUUAAUAAGUUUCUAUAAAUAUGUUUAUGUACAAAUAAAUAUAUACAUAUUUAAGUAAGAUUUCACAUAUAAAAAAAAGGCCAGAGUAUAAUGACCAUGUGUAGGUUAGUCAACCUUGUGCGACCAACAUAGGGUUAAAUAAUCAAUUUCUACUUAACCACAUAAUAAUAUAACCUACUGUCAGUCUUUCAUUUCUUUGUAGUAAUUUAAAUGUUUAAAAAAAUUUCAGAUAUAAAUAAUAUAGUUUAUAAAAUUUUAUAUGAAUCGUGACUAAUUUUGAAUAAAAUAUUCUACUGUACUAACCUAUUCAUCGUUUUAUAUGUUUGUUAUUUACUUUGGUUUUAGUUGACACGUCUUAAAAACAGUGAUAAAAAGCCUUCAGUUAAAGUGCAUACACAUUUCAGUGACUGUAUAGUAGUUUUACCAAUGGACAGGUCAUUACUUGACCUGAGUCCUAAACAUGGUGAAAUUAUAAUUGAUAUUGCUACAGGGCAAUCAGCACUACGCGGUUCUAAUAUAUUUGCACCCGGGAUUAUGGGCAUGACAUCUGGUAAAAUUAUUUAAAUAUUUUAUUUACUUAUUAUAUUCUUAAUAAUAAAACACUAACUUCAAAUUUCUUUUUCCACAAUAUUCCAAAAUAAUAAUGUCGAGUUGGGAGUUACUUUAUGGGGUUAUUGUUUACUCAUGUUUGAGUGUUAAUAUAGUAAAAGCAGUCAAACGAUUUUAGUUAACGAAACAGUGAACAAUUUUAAUAAUCAAUCUCCCUCUAUUAGAAUUUAUAUUUACACAAUUAGUAUAUAAAUAACAAUUGUUGAUAAUUGUUGUCUUAACGAAUCAUUAUUUUGUUGCUAGUUGAUCAUGUUAUAUAGUUCAACAAUGUUUAUAAUCGCAAUUUUAUUUCUGGUAAAGAAAACAAUCUAUGAUUUGUGAAAUUAUAUUACUUUGUGUACUAAUGUUAAAAUUAUUAAAAUUAAACAAUCUCUGGUAAUUUAAUUAUAAAAAAAAAAAAAAAAUUUAGUUAAUAGGAAAAUAUAUUUGUUUGCCUUGUACAUCAACAAACUUUUAAAUACAUAAAUUACAACUUCUAGUGUACUUUUUGGAUUUACUAUCACCUUACCAUUUGAAUUUUUAUCAUAAUUGAUGUUAUUUGUUUUCUAAAUGAAAACAAAAGAAUUCAUAUUUUUUUAGAAAUUCAAGUUGAUUCAAAUAUAUCAGUUUAUGCAGAUUUGGCCAAGGGCUGCAAAAGAGGUUACCAAAAAUAUUACGAUGACCCGUUGAAGAUUUUUGUCGGCAAUGGCAUUGCUAAGAUGAACCGUCGACAGUUAUUUAAUGGUGAUAUGAACCCUAAGUAUGUGAUUAAAUUUAUAUAGUGUAUUUGAAGAGUUUUCAAUAAAAUAUAUUUUAUUAUUAUAUUUUAGAGGUAUUGCUGUUGAGAUGACUGAUCCCAUUACAGGUAUCCCUUCAUUCACAUUACCCGAUGAAUGCGGAAUGCUACAGAACUUGCCGUCCAUCAUUACUGGACAUGCACUUGAUGUGAAUGAAAAUAAUCUUAAAGUAUUAGAUAUGUGUGCUGCACCCGGUAAUAAAACCACACAUAUAGCAAUUUUAAUGAAUAAUAAAGUGAGUAAUAAAUGUACCUUCUAAACAGUCAAAUUAUCUAAUUAAUCUUCUAAACCAUAUAAAAUAUUUGGGUUCAGUAACAUUAAUGAUUGAAAAAAAUGUUUCAUAGUAAGAGUAAAUUCCAAAUUAAAAACAUUUGUUUUAUUUCUAGGGAACAAUAGACGCAAUAGAUAAAUCAAAAAUCAAGUUAAAAAAAGUUGAUCUUCGAUGUGAACAUUUUGGAAUUACUAAUGUGAGGAUUCAUCAUUUUGAUUCAUUGAUUAAUGUUGACUUAGACAAUAGAAAUAGUGACAACGAAAAUAAACCGCCAUUUAAAGUCGAAUUGUUUGACCGUGUAUUACUGGACGCACCCUGUAGUAAUCUUGGACAGCGACCAUUACUUAAAAUUGAUGCAGACGCUAACUUAAUAAAAAGUUUCCCUGUUUUGCAAAGGAAAUUAUUAAAAAAUGUAAGUGAUUUAAAUAUAAUUAAAACAUUUAUUAAAAGUGGAUAAAAUUGUUUGUUUAAUUUCCAACUAUAUUUAAGGCUGUUGACCUUGUUAAACCUGGUGGAAUUUUAAUAUACAGUACUUGUACAAUUACACUCGAAGAGAAUGAACAGAAUGUUGCUUGGGUACUCGAAAAGUUCCCACAAAUGGAACUACUUCCCAUAAAUUCUCAAAUCGGGAGUUCAGGAAUUACCCAAGUAGGAUUAUAAUGAAUUUUUUUUUUAAUUUUUUUGUUCAUAUUAUAUUUUUUUUAUAGGUGGGAUUAAAUGACAAUUAUUGUGAACUUGUCAGACGGUUUGGUCCUGAAAAUGUUGAAGAUGAUUGUAUUGGAUUUUUUAUUGCAAAAUUUCAAAAGAAAAAAAAAUAGGCAUAUUUUAAAAUGAUCCAACUUUAUGAAAUACAGUUAUUAUUUGAUAAAUUAUGUAUUUUUAAUGAAAUAUGUUCCAUAUUAAUUUAUUAAUUAACAAUUAACAAACAAUCUCGGAGAACACUAAUAAUAAUGUCUCCAACAUUCCGUCAAGUGUCUCGCAUUUUCUUUAAGGUGAUUAUGGUUCGACGACGAAUGAAUGGAUAAAUGUGAAAACAUUUGGUCGUACCAUUUACACUAUUCGUUCGCACUUCUGGUGUUCAUCAGUCUUUUAAUCUAGAUUGCAAUUACAGUAGAAUCCGCUUAAUGGGGGCACAUCGGGCGGUAACCUAUUUUCCCCCAUUAUCCGACUGUCCCGAUUAGCCAAACUGACGAAAAAAAACAACUUUAAAAAAACUAAAAAACUUUAUUUAAAAAAUAUAUACAUACUUGAUUCAUACUUUAUUUAAAAAUUACAUAUUAUUAUUAUUUGCAGUUGUACAUUAUAUUUACUAUUUAGUAUAAUUAUAUCGUAAAUUUAUUUAAUACAUUAUGUACAUACUUAAUUCAUAUUUUGUUAGGCUGCAGAAAAUCGUCCAUUCUUCUUUGCUGUAAUUUAUCAAGACUGCUUAUUGAUAAAAUCUGCACAGACAUCUAGUGAAGUUGUUGGGGCAUUUUCGUUUCCAUUUUGCAUGAAAUAUAGUCUCAGCUGAUCAAUGCACUUUUCUGCUUCUCUUGUUGUAAUUUUGACGGGUUGAACGUCGUCAUUUUCAUCACUUUCUUCAUUUUGCAGACUUCUCUCAGCAAUUUCGUCAA